AGCGUGGGGGCGUGGCCUCCCCUGCGCCGCCGGGGCCUGGGACCCGGAUGGCCGUUUAGUCGGUGCCGAGACGCCGAGGCUUCCACAUCGGGCCCUGGAAAAAAAAUAAUAAAACGGGGGGGGGAGGGGAUCCGCCGUAAUCCGCAUCCAUCCUCCGCCUGGCGCCCCCAUCCGCUCCCGGGAAGCCCGUAUCCGGAUAGAGCGGACCGAGCCCGAUCCGAAGAGACAGAGGCACGUUUCGCGAGGAGCCAGGAGGAACCAACGUACUCAAUGACCUUCCAGCGCGAUGUCAGAUCGUUUGGGGCAAACAGCAAAGGGGAAGGAUGGAAAAAAGUAUUCGUCACUCAACCUGUUUGAUACGUACAAGGGGAAGUCCUUAGAGAUUCAGAAACCCACAGUAGCCCCUCGCCAUGGCUUGCAGAGUCUCGGGAAAGUUGCCAUUGCCCGGCGUAUGCCACCCCCUGCGAACCUGCCAAGCUUAAAAGCGGAGAACAAAGGCAAUGACCCCAACGUCUCACUAGUACCGAAAGACGGGACAGGAUGGGCAAGCAAGCAGGACCAGUCAGACCCAAAGAGUACCGAUGCCUCGACAGCUCAGCCGCCGGAAUCGCCGUCGCCGCCGGCUUCACAGACGUCUGCCUCAAACCCACCGAAACGACCCCCAACAGCACCCGAGAAUCCCCCUACAGUAGCAAGCGGGGUAAAGUCCUGGGCACAGGCCAGCGUUACCCAUGGAGCGCAAGGAGAUGGUGGAAAGGGAUCAAGCCUACUGUCGCGAUUCUCUCGCGAGGAAUUUCCGACCCUGCAGGCGGCUGGCGACCAGGACAAAGCUGGCAAAGAAAAGGACACUGCCGAUGCGUCGUAUGGGCCCGGACCAAACCUCCGCCCCCAGAAUGCGACGAGCUGGCGGGAUGGAGGCGGGCGGGGCACUGACGGGGAGGUGCCCGAGCAGCACCCCGGAGCCCCCGACGGGCGGGCCGGGGUGGGCAUGCAGCCCUCCGCCCCGCCCCACUUCCCUCCCUACCGGGGCAUGAUGCCGCCAUUCAUGUACCCCCCGUACCUCCCGUUCCCGCCUCCGUAUGGGCCGCAGGGAGCUUACCGCUACCCCACCCCGGACGCACAGAGGUUCCCGCGGCUGGCUGGGCCCCGCCCCUCGCAGCCCCCCCAGCGGGCGGUGGAGCCUGUGAGCCGCCCGCCCGUGCUCCGGCAGGACGACCUGAAGGAGUUCGACGAGCUCGACCAGGAGAACGACGAAGGCUGGGCAGGCGCGCACGAGGAGGUGGAUUACACCGAGAAGCUGAAAUUCAGCGACGAAGAGGACGGCAAAGAGUCUGACGAGGAAGGAGCCGAGAAACACCAGGACAGCGAGGGGCCAGACCCCGAGGGCAGGAAGGCCGCCAGCCCCAAGGAGGAGCUGCCCCCUGUCAAGGCGGCCUGGGCCGAGGGCUCCCGCCCCCCGGAGGGGGCCAAGGAACCGCCUGCCGCCCCUGCACCUCGCCCCCUGCCGCCGCCACCCCCACCCCCCAACCGGGGCAACUGGGGGCAGCCCAACGACUUCCCAGCGCGCCCCCCGGCGCCGGAGGACGAGGACGAGGCCUUGCGCCAGCGGCGGAAGCAGUCCUCCUCGGAGAUCUCGGCGGCGGUGGAGCGGGCGCGCCGGCGCCGGGAGGAGGAGGAGCGCCGCAUGCAGGAGGAGCGCCGGGCCGCCUGCGCCGAGAAGCUCAAGCGCCUGGACGAGAAGUUCGGGGCCCCCGACAAGCGCCUCAAAGCCGAGCCCCCCAAGGAAGCGCCCGCCCCCCCGCCGCUGCCGCCCCCCACCCCGGCCGUCGCCAGCCCCCCGGCCCCUGCCGCCCCCCCGGCCCCUGCCGCCCCGGAGGAGAAGAGAGACCAGGAGGAGCCGGCCCCGGCCAGCAAACCCCGCAGCAGCGGCAGCAGCACCAGCGGCAGCUUCGACGCCGGGCCAGCCGAGCCCCCUGCGGCGCCUGCCCCCAAGGAGGUGCCCGAGGUGCCGGAGGAGCCAGUGGUGGUGCCGGCCCCCCCUGCGGCCCCCGCCACGCCCAAGACAGAGCCCAAGGGCGAGACUGUGGUGCCGCCGCGCCAGCCGCCCCCAGCCCAGACCCUCGGCUACUCCAAGUACCAGAAGUCUCUGCCGCCCCGGUUCCAGCGGCAGCAGCAGGAGCAGUUGCUGAAGCAGCAGCAGCAGUGGCAGCAGCAGCACGGGCCGCCCCCGGUGCCCGCCUCCCCCCAGCAGCAGGUGGCAGCCGCCUCCCUGGGGGGCCUGGGCCCCUCGCCUGGUAUCCACCCUGCGCAGGGGGCGGGGCAGCAGCAGGCCCCGCCCCCCCAGCAGCAGGCCCCGCCCAAGGCCAUGUACCCAGGCUCCAUGGGGCGCCCCCCGCCCAUGCCCCCGAUGAACUUCGACCCCCGCUGGAUGGUGAUCCCGCCCUACAUGGACCCACGCAUGAUGCAGGGGCGGCCGCCCAUGGACUUCUACCCGCCCGGGGUGCACCCCUCCGGCCUGCUGCCCCGCGAGCGCUCGGACAGCGGGGGCUCCAGCUCGGAGCAGUUCGAGCGCCACCCCCAGCUCCUGCGGGAGCGGGGCACCCCGCCCAUGGACCCCAAGCUGGCCUGGGGGGGAGACGUCUUCAGCGCCCCUGCCGCCGACCCCCGGCCCCUGGCCUCGCCCCUCCGGCAGCCAGACGAGGACGAGAAGGGCCUGCGGAGCGAGACGCCCCCCGUCCGCCUGCGGGAGGCCGCCACCCCCCAGCCCUACGUAGGCAGCUACCCGGCCUUUGCCGAGAACGGCGCCCCGGCCCCCCUGCACCGCUUCCCGGGGGAUGAGCCCCGCCCGGGGGGGCCCUGGCCAGCCGGCCUCGCCCUGCCCCCCAACGCUCCAGGGGAGCUGGCCAGGAACGGGCGCCCCGAGCCCCUGGCCCAGCCCCCCCAGCGCCAGCCGGACGAGAAGCCCCCCAACGCCGAGGAGCCCAAGGAGCCCCUGGUGGCGCCCAAGAAACCCCCCAAGGAGGAGCCUGUCCUGCCCCCCAAGGAGGAGCCGGGCCUGCCCCCCAAGGAGGAGGCGCCACGCCGGGCCGAGCGCCCCUCGCGCCAGCCACACGACUUCCACCGGCCGCCACGGCGCGAGGCCAAGACGGAGACACGCUGGGGCCCCCGGCCGGGCAGCAGCCGGCGAGUGGACGAGCUGCCAGGCGGCGAGAAGCCCCCGCGCAGAGCCGGGCCCAUCAAGAAACCCGCGCCCCCCAAGGAGGAGGCUGAGGAGCCGCGCCCCAAAGCCAAAGAGGGCACCGAGCCAGCGGGCGCCAAGCCGGACCCACAGCCCGGCCCCAAGGAGCCCCCCAAGCCAGGCAAGGAGGCCAAAGCCAAGGUGCUGGUGAACGGCAGCAUGGCGGGGCCGCCCAAGGAGCCGCAGGGGGCGCUGUCGCCCACCCGCCGGCGCCGGGAGUGCCUACGACGCGGGUGCCGCCCGGGGCGCGGCUUCCGGGGCGCCUACAGUGGGCGCGGCCGAGGCGGCGGGGGCCGGGGCCGCAGCAGGGAGUUCCGCAGCUACCGGGAGCCGUUCUACCGCCUGGAGGAGGGGCCGGGGCCCCUGGGGGGAGGGGGUGGCGCCCGGCCCCGCAACGCCAGCGAGACGCGCAGCGAAGGCUCCGAGUACGAGGAGAUCCCCAAGCGCCGGCGCCAGCGCGGCUCGGAGACGGGCAGCGAGACCCACGAGAGCGCCAGCGACGUCGCCCACUCGGACAAGGAGGCAGCCCCGCCCCCGCUGGCCCCCCAGCCCGCCAAGGGGGAGCGGCACCGGGGCCCGGCCGCCCUGCCCCGCUUCGCGGACAGGAUCCCGCCCCGCCUCUCGGAGCCGGGCGCCCGCGGCGGCCGCAUCUUCACCCCCCGCGGCGUACCCUCACGCCGGGGCCGGGGCGGGGGGCGCCCCCCAGCCAGCACCUGGAGCCCCCCGGCCAAGCCCCCGCUGGGGAAGAAGCUAGAGAAGCAGGAGCCGGAGGUAGUGCCGGAUUCGCCCGGCAAGGAGAAAGCAGCGCCGGGGCCCACUCUCCCGGCGCCGGAGGAUCUGGCCGGGUUCCAGGCUCCCCCCAAGCAGCAGGGGCCGCCCCCCAACGGUGCCGUGGAUCGCAGCUUCGAGCGGCCCCCCCGCCGGCGGCGCCACGGCCGCUCGCAGCAGCAGGACAAGCCGCCCCGGUUCCGGCGGCUGAAGCAGGAGCGGGACAAUGCGGCCCGGCUCAACGGGGAGCAGCGGGGCGGGCCGGGGGCCCCGGCGUACCCACCGCCCCCGGCCCCGGCCGAGGAAACGGUCUCCCGGCGUGUGGCCGGCGCCAAGUCCCCCGACCUGUCCAACCAGAACUCGGACCAGGCCAACGAGGAGUGGGAGACGGCCUCGGAGAGCAGCGACUUCACCGAGCGCCGGGGCGGCGGGCCGGGCGACAAGGAGCCAGGGGGCCCCCCGCCCCAAGCCUUCCUGAAGGGGGGCGGCGCCCCCUCCCUGGGGGGCCGGGGGGCCGGCACCGACCUGACCCUCGCCCAGCGCAAGGAGAUGUCCAAGCGCAGCUUCUCCAGCCAGCGGCCCGGCAUGGACCGGCAGAACCGGCGCCCCAACCCCGGGCCCGGCAGCGGGGGCAAGGGUGGGGGCCGCGGGGGGCCUGGCGGCGGCCGCGGGGACAGGAGGACCUGGCCGGCGCCCAGGAACCGCAGCCGCCCGGCGGAGGAGCGCCCCCCAGGCCUGAGCCUGCCGCCCGGGCCCACCACCAGCGCCGUCUCCCGGCUGGACCACGUGGUGCCCAGCGACCCGGCCGGCAUCCAGCAGGCGCUGGCUGAGCUCAGCAGCCGCCACGGCGCCCGCGCCAAGCAGCAGCCGCCCCGGCGCGCCCCGCCCGGGCCCCACGCCGCGCCUUCCCGCCCGGGCGGCUACGGCCGAGAGCCUCCGUUCCUGGCCAAGGCCCAGCUGCUUCAGUCGGGCGCCAGAGCCCUGGGCGACGUCCCCGGGGUUAACGGCUUCCUCCCCCGGCGCCGCGACCGGCCCCACAAGCAGGAGGACCCCCUGGGCUAUUCCCACAGCCCCGGCUUCCCCGGCCCCAAGCAGGACCCCCCGGGCGCCCACCUGGCCCAGCGUGGCAGGAGCAGCUCCUCCGAGGGGCUGGCGCCCCACAUCUGGAGCCGGCUGCAAUCCAGUGCCCCCAGGAAAAGCUACCGGCCCAGAUCUGUGGAGCCCUGGGUCGACCCGCUAAAUGCCUUUGAAGACGUCGUUAGCACAGAGAUGAGCCAGUCGGACAGCGGGGUGGAUCUCAGCAGCGACUCCCAGGUCUCGUCCGCCAGCUGCAGCCAGCGCAGCUCCCCCGACGGUGGGCUGAAGGCGACCCCUGAGCCUGGCGUGGGGGGCACGCGGGGCGCCGAGCCAGUGGCCCCCGGAGCCCAGGGGGCCGCGCCCCAGGAGCAGGGCAGGAGGCCGGUGCCCAAAGACACCAGCCCUCACAAGGACAGGAAGCAGGCUGGCAGCCCCGGCUCCCCGGGCCCCGGCCCGGGCCCCAUUGGGACUGAGCGCUCCCAGCGAGCCGAGAUGGUCAGGGAGAGCGGGGGGGGCCCCAAGCCCGGCCCGGAGUCAGUGACCCCCAGCACCGGCCCCGGCCCCCUCAUCCAGUUCGGGGCCAGCGACAAGGACACGGAGCUGGGGCUGCUGGUGAGCGAGGGCAGCAAGGCCGGCAAGGAGCCCCCGGCCCCGGGCCUCACGGACGGGCUGGCGGGCGCGUCCCGCGAGUGGGAGCUGCGCCCGGCCCCCCAGCCCAGAGCCCUGGGGCCGGCCUGCCCCCCGGCGGAGCCCUCGGCGUUCUCAGGUGAGAGGGGGCCGAGCCAGCGGCCCUACCCCGAGCUCCUCUUCGGCAGCCAGCCCGGCGUGGCCCAGGUACCCUCCGUCUGGCCGGGGCGGGGCGGGGGGGCUGGCCGGGGGGGGCUGGCCCUCUGUCUGACCCGCGCCCUCUGCCCCCCCCAGCAGGUGCCCAGCCCCCCCGGGGAGUCCCAGCUCAACGGCAGCGGCAGCUUCCGCCCGGGGACCCCUUCGCUGCAUCCGUACAGAUCCCAGCCCUUGUACCUGCAGCCGGGCCCGGCCCCCGGCUCCCCGGCGGCCCCCGUCCUGCCCGGCUCGGCCCUGCUCUCGGGGGUGGCCCUCAAGGGCCAGUUGGUGGAGUUCUCGGCCCUGCAGGCGGCCGAGCUGGCCAAGCUGCCGGCCACGGGGCUGCUCUACCCGGCGGCCCCCCCCUUCCUGUACAGCCCCCCCUUCUGCGCCGGCCAGCUGGGCCCAGAGCAGCCCCUGCUCCAGGUGCGGCAGGAGCUGAACCCCCCCUCGGAUUUCUACCCGGGCUCCCUGCCGCCGGCCAACCAGAGCAACUUCCUCCAGGGCCCGGGCCCCGCCCAGCAGAUGCUGCUGCCUAUGGUGGAGUCGCCGCUGCCCCCGGUGGUGAACUUCGGCUCCCUGCAGCAGGGGGCGCCAGCCGGCCCCCCGCCACUGCCCCUGGUGCCCGUCACCCCGGCCCUGCGGGCCCCGGGGCAGCUGGCCGGGCGCCUGGUCCCCUCGCCCGUCCGCGCCUUCCAUGGCAUGGGGCGCACGGAGCUGCACCCCAUGGAGCUGAAGCCCUUCCCCGAGUACCGGAAGCUGAGCAGUCCGGGGGGUCGAGCCCCAGCAGUGGGCAGAGCCUGCGUGGGCCCCUUCAGCUCCCGCCUCCGGGCCCCAGGAUCCAGCUACGCCGGGGGCAGCCGCAGCCAGCGCCCGGAUGGGGGCCUACCGGUCUCCCCGUCGGACGUUCUCUGCUGGACCCCCAGGCCCUGGGAGCGCCACCCCCCAGCCCGCGAGGGGCCCCCCACCCGCCGGCCCCCCAGCCAGAGUGACAAGCAGGAUCCCGGCCUCGCCCAUCAGCGCUAGCCUGGCCCCCCACCAGCUCGGGCCAGGGGGUGGCCCCGUUCCCCCCUCCCCCUCAAUGAGUGGGGAGGGGCUGACCCCUUCCCCUGUUAAUUUGUGGGGUGGGGGGUUUCCGGGGG